CAAGUUAGUCGAAGCAAAAUUUCAAAAAUGGUGGAAACGGUGAAGAUGGAUCAGUCGGAUGAAAAUCCUAACUUGGAGAUGAAUUUUGCUGAAACUAAAAUCCUACAAUACUGUCCUGCUGAUGAAGUUGAGGGAUCCAACUGUCCAUCCCCUGAUAAAAUCCUACUAUACUGUCCUGCUGAUGAAGUUGAGGGAUCCAACUGUCCCUUCCCUGAUAAAAUCCUACAAUACUGUCCUACUGAUGAAGUUGAGGGAUCCAACUGUCCCUUCCCUGAUAAAAUCCUACAAUACUGUCCUGCUGAUGAAGUUGAGGGAUCCAACUGUCCCUCCCCUGAUAAAAUCCUACAAUACUGUCCUGCUGAUGAAGUUGAGGGAUCCAACUGUCCCUCCCCUGAUAAAAUCCUACAAUACUGUCCUGCUGAUGAAGUUGAGGGAUCCAACUGUCCCUCCCCUGAUCCACAUGUUAGCACUAGAAGAUGCUCUUCUGGAAGCACCGGGUAUUCUACAUGUUCAUCAGAAAUACACUCUGUUAGACAAGCUGGCAAAGAAAGUCAUGAGGAAGUGUACAUUGAACAUCUGGAGACUGAAGAUGAACCUGAACCAGAUGACAGGGAAGAAGAGAACUCCAAUGAUGAUCUUGACUCACUAGGAAAUGAGAGUGACCGCUGUCACAGUGCUGGACUGAAAUGGUCAUCAAAGAAGAGUUUCCAGAACCUUCGACGAGGAUCGAAUGGGUAUCAUUCAAUAGAAUCUAAGCAUAAGCUACUAACCCCAACUUCCCUUGGUGAUGCCAUUACAGGCGUUUUUCAAGUAAUCGAGGGUAAUAUCAAAGAUCUGAAAUUAAAUCAUGAAAACACGGUUAAUCAGCUCCGAACCGAGCAAGAAGAACGGUUUACUAGUUUCAGCAAGGAUCAAGAAGAAAAUAUCCGUAAGAUCAGCAAAAAUAUUGCAGAGACUGAGCUGGAAACCAGGAGAAUUAAGAAAGAAGCAGAGGAGAAUAUUAAAUCUCUCAAGGCAUCAAUCCAUGAGAUAAGUUGUGAAAAUAGUUCCAAGGCAGAAAGCUCAAACAUAGAUCUAGUUCAAAGAAAUAAUGAAUUGAAAGAAAUUACAACUAUGCAUGAUAAAUAUAUCCAAGGUAUGACUUCAAACCUUGAUAAAAUAUCACUGGAGAAUAGAGAUGCUGUCUCUAAUCUACUGAAUAAUUUGGAAAUGGCUAAACAAGAGAAUUAUGCCAUUAUAAAGAAACAAAACAAAGCAAUUGAAGAGCUUAGAAAGUGUCAGGAAGCUGCAUUUGAGGAUUUCAAGCGUGAGCUGCAAAAUGUGAAAGAUCUGAAUGAUAUUGUUCAAAGUGACGCUAAAGACAGUGAAGAUGCUAGGCUGGAAAACUAUAAUCAGAUCGCAACCAAACUUGAAAUACAAGAUAAUGCCAUCAAACGAUUAGAGAAGCGUCUGGAAAGUGUUUCUAACACCGUAGUUGAGAAACACAAUAGUAUGAAUAAAACCCACUCCCAGAGCAUGUCUGAUUUAAGAGAAGAAUUUAUUUCUCAAAUGAUCGUUAACAAGGAGGUCUCAAGCACUCUCCAGGAGGAGUUUAAUGAAAAAUUGGAAGAAAUAAACCAAUCCUUGUGUAAAAAAACAACAUUAAAUCAAUCAAAAAUUCAAGAAAUCAAAGAGGCGUUGGAUGGCAUCAGUGUUAACUUAGAGCAGAAACUAGAAUCCACUGCUGCUCAACUCAAGGAUCAAUUGAAUCAAACAACACUGCAAGGCAAUGGUGAAAGCACGCUAGACCUGGACAUAAAAGACACGGUGAACCAGCUGUCCAAGCGUGUGUCUGCUAUCAAUGAAAAAAUGUACGAGUUUGAACAAACCAAGAGGAACAAUCUACUGUUCUAUGGACUGAUGGAGCAACCAACUGAAACUAAUGAAGAUCUUGUCACACAAAUAUCACAGAUUUUAACCAACAAGCUCGGGUUCCAUAGAGAUAUAUUCCUUACAAGUGUAUCAAGGGUUGAAACAGGGCCUGGAGUUGGAGGUGCCAGACCUGUAUCAGUUACCUUCCAGACCUAUAAAGAACGUGAAGCUGUGCUACGAAGAUCAGCUGUUCUAAAGAACAGUAGCAUUUACAUUACAGAAGAUCUCAGUAAAGCGGUCAGGGAAAGUCGUCUUAACCUAAACAGGUUCAUGAGACAAGCAAAGAGAAUUAAUCCGCAAGCAACAUGCUUCCUACAGUACGACAAGCUUUUAGUUGACAACAGGGUCUACGUGUGGGAUUCAAAACUGGAAGAAGUCAUGGAAAAAACAUCAGAGGGAAACAUCCACGUGGCUGACUCUGUUAUCUCUUCAGCUUCCAGUAGAAGGGGUUCGAGAACAUUCCUUAAACCAUCUUCUUCCAGGUAGAUUCUAGAAUAUUCCUUAAACCAUCUUCUUCCAGGUAGA